AAAAAGAGCUUCUCCUUUUUUUCCUCCUCCAAGUUUCUAGUGGAGAGCUAAACCCAGGAUUCCAAUCUUGGGUGACUUCAUAGGCAAGCAUUCAGAGAUUUGCUUCACUUUGAGUGUCCUAGCCUUCAGUGGCUCAAGGUAUAGAACUCUGAGCAGGCAGGAGGCUUCCAGGUGGCAAAAUUCCCUCUCUCAAGUCCAACACCAUGAGGAAGGGAGAAAAUUUGGAAGGACCACCACCCACCUCAGCCUACCGUUCUGUCAUGGAGGAGUAUGGUUAUGAGUUGGGCAAGGUCAUUGGCAAUGGCUCCUAUGGGACAGUGUAUGAGGCUUACUACACAAAGCAGAAAGUCAUGGUGGCUGUCAAAAUCAUCUCAAAGAAGAAGGCUUCUGAAGACUAUCUUAACAAGUUCCUGCCCCGUGAGAUACAGGUAAUGAAGGUCCUGCGGCAUAAGAACCUCAUCAAUUUCUACCAGGCCAUUGAGACCACAUCUCGAGUGUACAUCAUUCUGGAGCUGGCUCAGGGUGGUGACGUCCUUGAGUGGAUACAGCGCUAUGGGGCCUGCUCUGAGUCCCUUGCUGGCAAAUGGUUCUCCCAGGUGACCCUGGGUAUCGCCUACCUGCACAGCAAGGGCAUUGUGCACCGCCUGACGCCCAGCCUUUCUGCUGCUGGUAGGGACUUAAAGUUGGAGAACCUGUUGCUGGACAAGCAGGAGAAUGUGAAGAUAUCGGACUUUGGCUUCGCCAAGACGGUGAUUCCUAACCAGCCUGUGCGUAAUAGCCCUUCUUACCGCCACAUGAACUGCUUUGCCCACCUCAGCCAGACCUACUGUGGCAGCUUUGCUUAUGCCUGCCCAGAGAUCUUGCUAGGCUUGCCCUACAACCCUUUCCUGUGCGACACCUGGAGCAUGGGCGUCAUCCUCUACACCCUAGUGGUUGCCCGUCUGCCCUUUGACGACACCAAUCUCAAGAAGCUGCUGAGAGAGACUCAGAAGGAGGUCACUUUCCCAUCUAACUGCACUGUCUCCCAGGAGUGCAAGAACCUGGUCCUCCAGAUGCUACGCCAAGCAAGCAAGCGUGCCACCAUCCUGGACAUCAUCAAGGAUCCCUGGGUACUUAAGUUCCAACCUGAGCAACCCACCCAUGAGAUUAGGUUGCUUGAGACCAUGUGCCAGCCCCCCAGCACCACUAAUCGCCACCCAUCUUUGGAAAUCAAGACCUGAGAAUGGCUGAGGGAGGAGGAUGAGAGGAGCAAAGCAAGGGGGCCUGGGGCUAUAAUGUUUUAUAAGAAAAAUAAAUCUAAUUCUGAUUUAGUUUCAUCA